AUGAUCCUCGACAACAGGCAAGUUCCAGACAUCGUGGUAAGCCGGGAGGACCUCAGCACACACCACCACCACAACAACAACAAUAACAAUAACAACAACAACAACAACAUCCCGCGCCAGGGCAAUGGGAACGGCAGCCCGCGUCACGUCGUGGGGGGGCAGAACGGCAAUGGCAGCCCCCGCCGCGUGUAUCCCCACCCCCACGGCAGCCCCCGCCACGCCAAUGGCCUCCCCUGGCAGCCCCACCACGCCGGCAGCCCCAGGCACGUGAGGGCCGGCAGCCUUGGCGGCGCUGGAGAGGCCCCCGGCAGCCCCUCCCACGGCGGUUACAACAACAACGGCAGCCCCAGACACAGCCCCAGGCACCUCAACAGGAACCAGGGCAGCCCCCGCCAUGUCCCCCACCAUCCUGACGGCAACGGCAACGGCAGCCCCCGCCACCACGCCAACCUGCACCAGCACCACCACAACGCCAACAACAACAGCGGCAGCCCCCGCCAUCUCCUGAGGACCAGCAGCGGGGGAGGCAGCCCGCGCCACGCCCUCACCUCAGAGCGCGCCAACCAGCGCCUCAUCCAGCGAGUAUUUAGCUUCGACUAUGGCCGUGGCAGCCCCCGACACUCAGCCAGCCUGGAGGACCCCCCGGCCCACGUCACCCAGGAGCAGCACCACCGGCGUCGCCAACAGACCAACUCUCUGGACCGGAACCCCGAGGACCUCCGCACGGCCAGCCCCAGGAAGAGCCAGGGCAGGCGGGGCAGGCAGGGGCCGCCCCACGCCAUCCCCGUGUCUUCCCCGGCACGAAAGUUCUCGGAGCCUGACGUGAAGGCGCCCCCCUCCUCGGACUUCAAGUCUGUGGUGCGGGAGUACUCGCAGCUCAGCCCGCGGCGCGUCAACCUGCGGAACAAGAACCAUGGCCUCUUCAAAGGCCUGGCGGACACGGGCGGCAGGUGGCACUCGGCGGAGGCCCACAAGUGGCACCUGGAGGACGAAGCCAAGUGGGGCGGCGAGGACGGAAGACUGAACACGCAUUCCUCCAAGUGGAAUGGACGGAACAGAAACCUGACGGAGGACGGGGAGGAGGAGGACGAGGACGAGGACGAGGACACGGAGUGGAGUGGCGAGCGGGGAAACUGGAACAUAGAGUGCGACAAGAGUGAAGAGGAGAACGACCAGCACCUGCAGCAGGGCCUCAGACGGGACGCGCAGCCCUCGGCGAGUCAUCUCCUCCAAGACAAGCAGCCUGGAGAGUGUGGCGGAGGGGCGAAGAAGCCGAGGACUCAGCCCCAACCCUACCUCAAGCCCUAG